AUGUCUCGCGCCACCGCGGCGCGUCCCGCGGUCGCGCGACAGCUCGCGCGCCGCGUCGAUGGGCUCGACGGCCGCGCGUCCUGCUCUUCGCGGUCGACGCGCCCCGGGCGGCGGCGUCGCCGCCUCGGCGGCUCCGUCGCGACCGCGCUCAUGCGCGCGGAGGCGGAGGACUUCGAGAUCCUCCGUUCGCUCGGCACCGUGUCGUACUCGAUCGAGCCGACCGGCGUCUCGAACGAGCGCACGCUGUCGUGGAGCGGCGGCGACGACGGCUGCGUCCCGGACUCGUUCUCCGUCUCCGGCGGCUCGAUCGCGUCGACGGACGUCGUCAUCAAGCUCUACGCCGCGAAGGUGAUCGGAUGGAGCGCGGAUUCCGCGACUGAAGACGCGACGAGCGCGGUCCCGGACGUCCUCCUCAAGGAGUACGUCGACGCGCCCGCCGCGGCGCUCGCGGACGCGGAGGUGGAGGCGUACAUGAAGCUGUACGGCGAUCCGAACGACAGCACGAUCGGCGUGGACGCGAAGGGAACGCCGUACGGCGAGGCGUUCGACCCGGCGUCGUUGCCCGUCGCGCCGCUGAUCGCUUAUUUUUCCUCCGCCGCCGUCGGCGAAGGCGGCGGGUACGGAACGCCGAAAAGGAGCCUGUGGACCGUGCAGCGAUGGGGACGCGGCGGCCUCACCAGGCUCGCGGACUAUCCGCGCGCGCGGCAGGAAAAGCGCGACGACGCGCAGCCGUGGUGGCCCCCGAUACAGCGCGUCCGCGACGUCGGGUUGGGCCCGCGGCAUCGAUACGUGCGAAACGCGGCGCGAGGCGCGAUCGCCGCCGUCGCGGCGGUGCACCAGCGCGGGGUGGCGCACAACGCGAUCGAUGCGACCGCGUUCCAGGUGAGCACGACGCGCGACGCCGACGCGGACGAGCUCGAGGUGCGGUUGAUGAACUUUGGGUUCGCGUCGGCGUUGACCGAGGCUGGGCGCGUUGCGGACCUCAGGUGCGUUCUAUACAAACGUCCUGUUUUUCACCCAUCGCCCGGUUUCAACAUUUGAUCGCGUGGGUCCCUUUCAACUGACCGGUGAACUACAUUUGUACGGAACGACCCUCAGAGGCGCGGCGGCGGCGUGCGCGGAGCUGGUGUUCAGCGCGCUGAGCACGCGCGGGAGCGACGGGAUCGACGGCGCGACGGACGCGGCGACGCUCGCGAAGUUGUUCGAGCGAGUGUUCGAGUUGGACCCGAAGAGGGCGAGGGAAUACUGCGCGGAGGAGCCGAGCUGGGAGCACGCGGUGGAGUUUUUGGAUUACAAAGAUUCGAUGGCGGGCGACGGGUGGACGUGGCUCACGGACAUGUGGCGCGCGGGGGACGUCGCGAGCGCGGAGGAUUUCCUCGCGCGAGCGGAGGCGGUGGACACGCCGUACGAUUAAUUCGCGGCUGCUGUCUCGUGACUCGUAUUCGUUAGUACAACGUCUGUUCUUUCGUCGUCGGUACUCGU